CCCUUGUGCUGUCGCCCCCCAGGAUCAUGCGGGAGCAGCCCAGCGUGGUGCUGAGCGUGGCGCACACCGUGGCCGCCCGCAUGUCGCCCUUCGUGCGCCAGAUGGACUUCGCCAUCGACUGGAUGGCCGUGGAGGCCGGGCGGGCGCUCUACAGGCAGGGGGACAAGUCCGACUGCACCUACAUCGUCCUUAACGGGCGGCUCCGCUCCGUCAUCCAGAAGGGCAGCGGCAAGAAGGAGCUGGUGGGGGAGUACGGCCGUGGGGACCUCGUGGGCGUGGUGGAGGCCCUGACCAGGCAGCCCCGGGCCACCACGGUGCACGCGGUGAGGGACACGGAGCUGGCCAAGCUGCCCGAGGGCACCUUGAACAACAUCAAGCGCAGAUACCCCCAGGUCGUCACCCGUCUCAUCCACCUGCUGAGCCAGAAGAUCCUGGGGAACCUCCAGCAGCUCCGCCCGUCCUUCGCCGGGUCCGGCCUGGGCGUGGCCUCCAGCUCGGAGCCCAUCAACCCCACCAGCAACCUGUCGACGGUGGCGGUGCUGCCGGUGUGCGAGGAGGUGCCCACGGCCGCCUUCACGCUGGAGCUGCAGCACGCCCUCACCGAUGUCG